AUGCCUGUCCAUGCCGGCAUCACCAUUCUCACGGCCUUCCUCUUCUUCAGCUGGUCAACUUCUGCUUUGCUCAUCGUUCUGCAAAUGCUUGGACGCGGCACUCCUGGGGUUCAGUUUGGUCAGGAUGAGUGGCCGGCGGUUCUGGGCAAGGGUUUGGGUUGGAUACUUGGUCCUGUUAUCCUCCUCGGCUUGCCCUUUGGCACCUUCAGCGUACGCAUGGCCAAGCACCUGCAUCGUGUACCCGAGCAGUUGAAGACCUUUGAGGUCCAAAACGCUGCGUGUUUCUGUUGUGAGAACGGUCACAAGCAUCCGGACACAGGAGCAGACAUCCCAUGUGACCGGGAGCUGGUCUACCGCAAGCUGGAAGACUGGUAUGGCAGCCCGACGGACAUAUUUGGCGACGAGCAUUUGCGGCGAUUCAACUCCCUCGUUCAUCACAGGUUGGGAUGUUCCGUGCUGAGACAAAUGCCACACGCUGUCCCCAUCGCGCCUCUGAUCUGCAUGCUGAGUGCAGCCACUAUGCCAUGGCUUGCAGACGCGAUCGAGAGGAUACUUUGGCGUAUAUUCAGAGAAGACGGACGCGAGCUUCUGGAAUAUUCCUUGCGUUUUGUCCUCCUCGAAUGGGCUUUUGUGAUGACUGUUGUGCUCGUUAUAGGGCUCUCGGCAGCGACAUUGUCAACUGUUUUGGCCCGUCGUAAGUUUCCAACUGUCCGAGACAUCUGGCUAGCGCUGCUGGGUCUCACGGUGUGUGCCGUACCGGUCACAGUUGUUGCGGGUACCUUUUUCGUGUUUCUGUUCUUCGAAUCUGAUGCUUGGCCUGCGACCGUCGUGUUCAUUGUGGCGCUUCUCCUGGCAGUCUGCCUCCUGCGGCUCACCUUGACGAAUCAACACAUGGGAGGUGCAGCGGAAGAGGUUGACGGCAUGUCUGAGGUGACAUCUACGACGCCUACCCCUCAGCAAAGAGCAGAUCUUUUCCCGGAGCCGGACGGCGACGAUGGUUUCAUCCUCCGCUUGCCAUCCGACGUCUCUAUCGAGUCUGAACAGUUUAGUGUUUAG